CCACCCACAGCUGCUACAGCUGGAAUUGUACAGACCCCAACCCUGAUUGAGGAGGGGUCAUCUGGGCACAUCAUCAAUACAGAAAAGGGCUCUUUCACCGUAUCAUAUGCGGGCUUCGCGGAAUUGCCAUUUCUGUAGAUGCAAAGUUCUAGUGCCAUGAUUGUUCCUCGUGCUUCUAAGGACAAGCUUCGAUACCACCUGGGGCUUGUGGGAAGAAUUGUACAGGGUACUCUAGCUCAUUAUACUCCCCGGUAUCUUACUAUUAUGGGGAAGGUAUGGGGGAUGCUGUUUGGGGUAUAAUAUUAGACCAUGAUGUGCACAUACAAUUAGUAGCGAUGUUGAAGCACCAACCCUAGACUGGAUACUACUGUACUGAACCCUGUGCUUAGCCACGGUAGUAACACCUAAAUAUCAUUUGUAAGCGGGGUUCCUUGUCUACAACCAUGGUCAGUGCAAUCAUAUACUACCUGUGAAACGGAGAGUCGAUCUUCC